UAUUAACGGAGGGUAUGGUCCGUAUGGAUCAAUUUCAGAGGAUUAGUGUUACUAACAAAGAUCAGGAGCGGAGAGUUGUAUGUAUUAUGUAUGUAUCUUCUUCUUCAUCCCAUUCUUCAAAUCAAUAAAAAUCCAAUCUUUACUUCUCCUUAACAAUAAAAAUCCGAUCUUUACAACUCCCCGAUAAAAAAUAAAAACCCCCAAUUGAAAAAAAAUAAUGUCACCAAGGUUUGCAAGCUUAGAUUCAAGAAGCAGCAUUGAAUCUUGCACAUUUCAGCUUCAUUCUUGGCGCCCUUUUCACCUCCCAAACAAACUGAAAACCCUGGACUCUUCUGAUCAUUCCCCUAUAAAACCCUCUUGUUAUUCUUCCACUAAGCGGCCUUGUCUCUCUGAUCGGUCCACUGUUGAUUUUCUUGAUUCUAGUAUGUCGAAACUGGGGUUGUUUGAGCAUGACGGGAAUGAAAUUGGUGGUGUUGGUAGUGUUAGUUUGGGGAAAUUGGGGAGUAAGGUGGAGGGGUUUAGGUGGAUUGCUAGGAAGAGGAGGAGGAGAGGGUCUAGGUCUGUUUCGGGGAGGAGUAGUGAUCGGAGUGGGACGAGGAGGCGGUGUUGUUCGGUGGGGGCUUCGGCUGCUUAUGCUACUUGUUCCGAUUUUAUGGUGGCGAAUGGGACGGAUUCGAGUGGGGAGUUGUUUGUGAAUGUGGGGAUGGAUGUGAAUUGGGGUUCGGAUGUUAGUGAGGCGAAGGGGAGUGUGGUGAGGAAGGAGAGGGAGGGGAGUGGGAAUGGGAAUGGUGGUGGUGGGGGUGGGGAGAGGGAGAAUUUGAGUGGUGGGGUUGGGGUAAUUGGGAAUUUUGAUGGUCUAGGGAAUGAGUCGGGGUAUGGAAGUGAACCGGGGUAUAGAGGUGAUGCGGAGUUGGGGUAUGGAGAUGAGUUUGAUGAGGAAGAAGAUGAUCCUAGGUUGAUGUUUUGGGGGCAUAACUUUGGAGAUUCUAAUAUGGAGAUAGUUGGCGAGAAUACACUGCAAAAGACCCAUCACAGAUGCCGACGCAAAAAACAAGACCUUAAAAUGGUUGAUCUCUAUCACUAGCUGGCAUGGUCAGUCUACAAUUACUUGAAGAACUAUUUAAUUUUUUGUAAGUUUUUAUUUAUGUAUCUUAUUGUGAGGUGUGUGGUCUUUUUGAGGACCCCGACAGAAUUUUGUGCAUGCAUUGUUUACCAGGCAGUUUAGCUUCCGAGUUCUGUUAGUAUGCUAGUGAGCAGCUGAUUGGAUUUAAAUGUACAUAAAUUAAUCAUAUUAUUUGACAUCUAUGUAUGAAGAUGUUUCGAGAUUUUGUAGAA